CGCCCCGCCCGGCCCCGCCGACCCGGACCCGGACCGGAUCCGACCUCCUGCGGCGCUUUGGCCGCCGAUUCCCCCGGGCCGCAGCCUCCGCUUGUAAGCCUGCGAAGCAUCCUGUCUCCCGGUUGAGGGCCGCCCCCUCCCAGGGCUGUGGCUCUGCCAAUGAUCUUGUGAUUAUUGGUAAUCCAUAGUUGCCCUUGUGGGCCACCGCUGACGUCUCCCAGCAUGGCGUCUGACACGCCCGAGUCCCUGAUGACCCUCUGUACUGACUUCUGUCUCCGGAAUCUUGAUGGCACCCUGGGCUACCUCCUGGACAAGGAGACCCUGCGGCUGCAUCCAGACAUCUUCUUGCCCAGUGAAAUCUGUGACCAGCUGGUCAAUGAGUAUGUGGAGCUGGUCAGUGCCGCCUGCACUUUUGAGCCACAUGAGACUUUCUUCAGCCUCUUCUCAGACCCCCGCAGUACUCGGCUCACUCGCAUCCACCUUCGUGAGGACCUGGUGCAGGACCAUGACCUGGAAGCCAUUCGCAAGCAGGACUUGGUGGAGCUCUACCUGACCAACUGUGAGAAGCUGUCCGCCAAGAGCCUGCAGACACUGCGGAGCUUCCGGCACAGUCUGGUGUCCUUGAGCCUCUUCGGCUGUGCCAACAUCUUCUAUGAGGAGGACAACCCAGGCGGCUGUGAGGAUGAGUGCCUGGUCAACCCCACCUGCCAAGUGCUGGUCAAGGACUUCACCUUCGAGGGCUUCAGCCGCCUGCGCUUCCUCAACCUGGGCCGCAUGAUCGACGGCAUCCCCGUAGAGUCACUGCUUCGGCCACUCAACUCCCUGGCCGCCUUGGACCUCUCAGGCAUCCAGACAAGCGAUGCCACUUUCCUAACACAGUGGAAGGACAGUCUGAUGUCCCUUGUGCUCUACAACAUGGACCUUUCAGAUGACCACAUCCGUGUCAUUGUCCAGCUGCACAAGCUGCGGCACCUGGACAUCUCCCGAGACCGCCUCUCCAGCUACUACAAGUUCAAGCUGACUCGGAAGGUGCUCAGCCUCCUGGUGCAGAAGCUGGGGAACCUGAUGUCACUGGACAUCUCUGGACACAUGAUCCUAGAGAACUGCAGCAUCUCCAAGACAGAUGAGGAGGCAGGGCAGACCAGCACUGAGCCGUCCAAGAGCAGCAUCAUGCCCUUCCGGGCUCUGAAGAGGCCACUGCAGUUCCUUGGGCUCUUUGAGACCUCCUUGUGUCGUCUUACUCACAUUCCAGCCUACAAAGUGAGUGGUGACAAAAAUGAAGAGCAGGUGCUGAACGCCAUCGAGGCCUACACAGAGCACCGGCCCGAGAUCACGUCCAGGGCCAUCAACCUGCUGUUUGACAUUGCACGCAUUGAACGCUGCAACCAGCUUCUGCGGGCCCUGAAGCUGGUCAUCACAGCUCUCAAGUGUCACAAGUAUGACAAGAAUAUUCAAGUGACCGGCAGUGCUGCCCUCUUCUACCUGACCAACUCUGAGUACCGCUCGGAGCAGAGCGUCAAGCUGCGCCGGCAGGUCAUCCAGGCGGUGCUGAACGGCAUGGAGUCCUACCAGGAGGUGACGGUGCAGCGGAACUGCUGUCUGACCCUCUGCAACUUCAGCAUCCCCGAGGAACUGGAGUUCCAGUACCGCCGGGUGAACGAGCUGCUGCUGGGCAUCCUCAGCCCCACGCGUCAGGACGAGUCGAUCCAGCGGAUCGCAGUGCACUUGUGCAACGCCCUGGUCUGCCAGGUGGACAAUGACCAUAAGGAGGCUGUGGGCAAGAUGGGCUUCGUCGUGACCAUGUUGAAGCUGAUCCAGAAGAAACUGCUGGACAAGACGUGUGACCAGGUCAUGGAGUUCUCCUGGAGUGCUCUGUGGAACAUCACAGAUGAGACACCUGACAACUGCGAGAUGUUCCUCAACUUCAAUGGCAUGAGGCUCUUUCUCGACUGCCUGAAGGAGUUCCCAGAGAAGCAGGAGCUACACCGUAACAUGCUAGGGCUCUUGGGGAAUGUGGCAGAGGUGAAGGAGCUGCGACCUCAGUUGAUGACCUCCCAGUUCAUCAGUGUCUUCAGCAACCUGCUGGAGAGCAAGGCCGACGGCAUUGAGGUUUCUUACAACGCCUGUGGUGUCCUGUCUCACAUCAUGUUUGAUGGGCCUGAGGCCUGGGGUGUCUGUGAACCUCAGCGGGCAGAGGUGGAGGAGCGCAUGUGGGCGGCCAUCCAGAGCUGGGAUAUCAACUCCCGGAGGAAUAUCAACUACAGGUCCUUUGAGCCGAUCCUCCGCCUCCUUCCCCAGGGCAUUUCUCCAGUCAGCCAGCACUGGGCCACCUGGGCCCUGUACAACCUCGUGUCUGUCUACCCUGACAAGUACUGCCCCCUGCUGAUUAAAGAAGGUGGGAUGCCCCUGCUGAGGGACUUGGUCAAGAUGGCUACUGCCCGGCAGGAAACCAAGGAGAUGGCCCGCAAGGUGAUUGAGCACUGCAGUAACUUUAGAGAGGAGAACAUGGACACGUCCAGAUAGAGGCCACACAGCUCGGACCACAGGCCGGGAGGAAGCGCUGGAGGUCUAGUGGGCAGGUCCCUUUGCGGAGCCUCCCACAGGGUGAAGAGACAGCGAGGACUUGCACAGCCGACGCGUUUCCUUAAUGUUAGUGAGAUAUAUAUUAUAUAUAUAUAUUAUUAUUAUUUUUUUUUUUUUGGUUAGGAAGUGUGAAGUUUUGUGUGUAUGACUCUUCUCCCGAGUCUUUGCAGCUCCUUGCCACUCUCGGUCUGCCUCCAAGCUUUGGUUGCUGCCAUGUUCCCUCCUGCCCCAGCCAGGCUUGCCUCUAAUGCUGUGAGUGCCUGGCCCCUUCCCCAUGAGCUGGCCCUUAGCAGGCUACUCGCCACCCCCAUUCCCUACCCGAGUGCCCUGCCCAGGCUCCCAGGUGAGUGAGGCUGGCAGGCUUUAGGAGGAAGUCCAGCCCUACUGGGUCUCCCAGAAGCCUUGGUGCUCCAGGCUGUGAGCCAUCCGGGGCCAAAAGAGUAAGCUGUUCCCAGGCCUUAGGCCAAGCAGCUCCUGUCCAGAGGACCCUGGAGAAGCAGGGCUCUAUUGGCCCACAGCUCUCUGGCCAGGCCUGUCUGUGGCCAUGCUGCUAUGGAAGGAGGCUGCCUCAAGUCUCCCUCAGGCCCCAGGCUUGGAAGGCUCCAGCUCAGAGAGGGUCAGAACUCAGGGGCAAUUACACUGCCCCUUCUGCCAAACAUGCCCCAAAUCGCCUCAGCUCUGGCAGCUGGCACCUUCCGGGACCCAGGGUCUUUCCUUGUUCUGUAGCCCUAUCUGCCCACAGCACCCCAGUGCCCAGGUACUCCCACCAGCAGCAGAGCUGAGCCCACCCGCUGUCCAGAAGGUACUACAGCUCCCUCCAAGGCAGGAGGUCCCCACUCCAGCCUCACAGGGGCAGCAGGAAGCCACCUCCAGACCAGCACUUGGACGGUCCUCUAUCCCCUCCAGCCCAGUCAGGCUGUCCCUGAGAAGCUGCUGCGCUGUGUGACAGGCACAGUGACAGGAAGCUCUCUGGGUAGCUCCUGCACCCUGUCAUUGUAUCUCAGCAUUGCUUUCAUUGUUGCAGCUACUGAGGAGACCCGUGUACACAAGCAGGCUUUAGGGAGCAAAACUGGAGGCAGCCUCUGGUGUGGCUUUUUCUGCCCUUUCUUCUCUGUGCCCAUUUUUCCGGGCUUGUCUGCCUACAGUCAGAAGGGGCUUGGCUGUUGUUCCCAGAACUCAGGGAGAGGCAACUGAUGUUUCCAGAGGAAACUCUCCCUGCCAGGUUGCUUCCCCCAUGCAGCACUUGGGCAGCCUCAGCCCAUCCUUUCCAUCCCACGCCCUCUGGCCCUGCAGGCCCUGAGCAGAGCUCGCAUCCCAUUGCUUUCCUACCUGGGUCUGGGGAAAUGUCUGUACUUCAGGAUGUCACAGAAAUACAUUUUGUGCAAAGUG